AUGUCGCCGUCGCCAUCCAUGUCCGCCCACUGGGGUAAGCAGAUCUACGCCUCGUGGCGCCAGAGCCGACAGGGCAGCGGUGCCACAACCACAACCACGUCACCGGUUCCGAGUCCUCUCCCGUCGCCGGCCGUCUUUCCGGAGAAGCGGUCCAUGGACAGCGACCGCAGCAGCACCAGCGGCUCGGUCCCCAUCACGCGCCAGCUAUCCAACUCGAGCUGUUCAGCCUUGAUUCAUGCCAUGGAGCACAACAUACCUAUCCGAACCCGGCCAGCCGCCACCACAUGUCGAUUUUUCGCCAGCGGCCGCUGCGCCAAGGGCACAUCCUGUCCGUUUCCACACGUCACCCCGCGCGACAUGGCCCGGCCGGAGCAGAACACGGUGCAGCAGUACUCCAAGAAGGCGGUAACGUGCCACUAUUUCCUCGCCGGGGCCUGCAAGCGUGGGGAUGCGUGCGUCUUCCUCCACCAGACCCCCGCGCGAACUGAGAUUGAGGACGCCGAGGCCUCUGCGGAUGCAGAUGCCACGGUCCCACGCAGUAGUCAACUGCCCUGCCGCUACUUCGCCAGGGGUGAGUGCAGGAGCGGCGAGGCGUGUCUGUUCCAGCACGAUGCUUCACAAGCACCAUCACGGGUUAUAGAUGGCUAUGCCGAGCAGCCUGAUGCUGAUGAGCAGCAAGACGACUGGACGCGAGUCUUUGGAGGUGCAAUCGUCCGUUACGGAGACGGGUGCAGCGUAUCCAAGGUCUCGCUCACGACGGACUUUUCAGCCGUCCGUCUUGGCAAUAUCCCGGAAGGCAGCACCCAAGACACAAUCAUUCAGAUGCUGCGUGACAGCGGCGUCGACGUGCCCCAGGAGAUCACGGUAAGGAUCCGACCCGGCGACCGCAAUGCGGACCUACGGGCAGAGGAUCCCGAGUUUGCCACGGUCGUUAGAAACACAAUGACGGCGUCAGGGUCCGAAAUCACUGCCGUUCGCACAGAAGUCCCCGAACCGCAGGGCUCGGGUCUGCACCGCGUCGACUGCCGGAGGGUGCACUGCUCAUGGUACCGGCCCAUGCGGACGGUCUGGAUCAACUUUUACUCGAGGAAUGCCGCGCAAAAAGUUCACGACAGAUUCGUCGCCGGAACCUUCAAGAUUGAUGGACAGGUGAUAAAGGUCGGUGCGCUCCCUGGGGGCUUCAGGGACCAUGAGGCCCGAACUGUGAUGUUGACCGAAAUCGACAACGCCAUCACGGCCGAGGAUGUCAAGAAUUCCAUCUCGGAUGCGUACCGGCAGGAAAUCAAACACGUAGAGCUCGGCAAGGAAACUUACAGAGUCAGGGCCACGGAACUGAUCGCUAGGGUCAAAAUGAUGCUCGAAGAGAUCGGGCCUUUGGAGAGCUGGAUGGUGAUAAAAUCCGGGCAGGGGAAGCGUAUCAAAGCCCAGGCGACCUUUGCGGAUGAGACAGACGCCAGGAUAGCGGCCGAGACCCUCAACAAUGGGCAAAUCAGACCUCCUCGCCUCGGUUUCCUAUCCAACCCAGCCCCCAAGCUCACGGUCCAACACAUCACUGUCGCCAAGUUCAAGCUAGCAACACGUAUCUACAGCGUCCUACGCGACCGGCUGGAGGCGCAAAGGGUGCAGUGGGAGGAUCAGCAUAUCCUGUUCAAUGCAUAUCCGCCCGAAAAGGGGCACAGAGUCUUGCGGCUACAGGCGGACGAUAAAACAGUCGUAGCGGCGGCGCAGAGGACGCUGGCUGAAAUCGUUGGCGGCGAGCUCAUGAAGCUAGAGAAGAGCCACUGGUCCAUUGUCACCAAGGAUGUAGCCUUCAGGCGGGGUUUGAACGGCUUCUUCAAGUCGCAUCGUGUCGUGGUCACCAUCGACAGGCGGCGGUGCCAGCUUCGAUUGUUUGGAAAUGCCAAUGAUCGGGAGCUCGUCAAGGGGCUCAUCACCUCGCUCCUGGACAAGCAUGCUGCCGAUGACCAACAUGUCAUUGAGCUGUCCCAGAAAGACUUCCUGUGGGCGUGCCACGGCGGCUUCAGGGCCUUGACCACGCACCUCGGCGGCGAGGGCAAGGUGGCCUUUGACAUCAUCAGCAAGCCCAAGCGCAUCGUCUGCACAGGCACCGAGGCGGACUACCAGGAAGCAAUCAAGUUCAUCGCCGCAAAGGACGCGUCCCGUCCUGAUGCCGAGAUACCGGCCGGAGAAGACCAAGAAGAGACCGACUGCUCCGUGUGCUGGACACCAGCCGACGACGCCGUCACCACCACAUGCGGCCACGUCUACUGCACAGGCUGCCUCGCCGACAUGAGCCAAUCCGAGCUGACGGCCGCGACGCAGUACACGCUGUGCUGCGUCGGCGCCGCGAACACCUGCCAAGCCCCCCUGCCGCUGCCGGAGCUGCAAUCGCACAUAUCGUCGACGAGCUUCGAGGACGCCCUCGAGGCCAGCUUCACGGGCUACAUCCGCCGGCACCCGGAUCUGUUCCGGUACUGUCCCACGCCAGACUGUGGGCGCAUCUACCGCUGCACCACCAGCAACAGCAGCACCACCACCAAACCCGCAAGCUUUACGUGCCCGCAAUGCAUGGCGACGACAUGCACGGCGUGCCACGCGCUGCAUGAGGGCAUGUCCUGCGCCGAUCACCGCGACUUGGCCUCGGGCGGGCAUGCGGCCCUCGAGAGGGUCAAGAAGGAGCUGGGCGUCAAGGACUGCCCGCGGUGUGGCACAGCUAUCGAAAAGACCGAGGGAUGCAACCACAUGACGUGCCUGGGUUGCAAGUGCCACAUAUGCUGGAAGUGUCUGGCGACGUUUGACACUGCGGGUGGAUGCUACCAUCACUUGAGGGAGAGGCAUGGUGGUGUUUUUGACUAUGAUGCUCGGUGGAUGCAGUAG